GGGAUGUUUUUGACGUCCCCACAGCCGGCUCCAUUAGGAGCGGCAGUCAUUGAAGUGGUCCCGAUACUGAACUUGUUUUGUGGAUCUCAGUGGGAGCCUUGAUAGUGGUCAGCCCUACAUCUGUCAACUGUAAAGUCAUAUAACCUCAAGGUGCUAGCUAUCACCGGUCGUUCACAACUAAUAAUUUUCAUUUUUCACGUGGCCUCCUGGUGAGAGCUGCAUACAUUCUUUAUUUUAAUUAUGGAGAAAAAUGGCGUUGUCGAGGUGGUGGAGGAAAAGGCUUUGGGUCGAGUACAACUACGCUCAGAGUCGGGAGAGAUCAUUCUAGUCCCAAAGCCGUCGACGGAUCCCAACGACCCUCUGAAUUGGUCUCAACCUUUCAAGAUUUAUGUCGCUGUUGUGACAUGUUUCGGUAUGCUCAUGUGUACGUUUCUGGCUGCCGGUCCAACAGUCGCACUCGUUCAGAUCGCAAUGGACUUCUCGGGAGGAAAUCCAAAUCUGGAAGCCAUCAUCCCCCAAGUGGCUUUCUUCUUCACAACUUCAGCACUCACCCAAGGUACCGGCAAUUUGUUGUGGCAGCCGUUGAUCAACAAAUAUGGGCGGAGGCCAAUGUACAUCAUCUCAUUUUCGGGAUACUUUGCGACAGCAAUCUGGUGCGGUACAACUUCAAACUUCACCAGUGAACUUGUUGGGAGAAUAUUCUUGGGUUUCUUCUCCGGAGCUGGAGAGUGCUUAGGUCCAGCUACCAUCUCAGACAUUUUCUUCCUGCAUGAGCGAGGAACCAUGAUGGCGAUGUACAACUUUGCUACCGGGUCUGGAGUCUCUAUCGGUAUUAUCAUCAGUGGCUUCAUCGUUGUUAACAACUCUUGGCGAGUCAUCUACACUGUCGGUGCCGUUAUGAUUGGAGCGUUAUUGCUUCUCAUCAUCUUUACCUUCCCCGAGACAGCAUACAACAGAUCGUAUGAAGACUCCCAAGAAGGCGACAUCUUCGACAAUAAGCAGAAUCCCUACCGUUUAUCGUUGUCGAUCAUCCUUAAUGAUGCCGAGAAAGCAAGAGUUCAGCGAUACUACGAUGAACAUGAUCGUUUGGCGGAGAUGAACGGUCCGGAGGAGAGCACUCAGAUCACCGUCAUUCAGCGCAUGGAGGAACGAAUUCGGCGUCUGGAAGCCGCCGUCUUGGGCAGCCCGCAAUACUCGCCAAUCUCACAGGCUAAGAAGCCAUCAUAUUGGAGCAAGUUGGCAUUGUUCACAGGGGAGACUUACACCAAUGAUUCGCUCUGGAAGAUGUUUGUCAGACCUUUUGGCUUGGUCAUUCUGCCGCCUGUGAUGUGGGCUACACUUGUAAUGUCUGCUACUAUCGGCUUCAGUGUCGCGCUCUCAUCGACUUUUGCGAACGACUUCGCCCGAGUGUACAACUUCACCGCGUUUCAAGCAGGCCUUGGUUUCUUCGGGAGUUUGCUUGGUGGUAUACUAGCUAUUCCUGCUGGUGGUCCUGUUGGUGAAGCAAUUGCAAACUACUUUACAAUUCGCAACAAGGGCAUCCGAGAACCAGAAUUCAGGUUGCCAGCAAUGGCGAUCUCUAUGGUUACUGCUCCCGUCGCCUUGAUUCUCUACGGUGCUGGAUUGCAAUUCAAGUUACCUUUCAUGGUACCAAUUAUUGGCAUUGGGCUGUUGACUUUCUCCAUUGGACAAGGAAUCAACAUUUCAUUCGUCUACACUCUCGAUGCAUAUGGGCCUGUUCGUGGGGAAGUCACAAUUGCACAAUUGGCAUUCAAAUCAAUCAUCGGCUUCGGUCUCUCAGCGACAACGAACUCUUGGAUCGCGGGCUCAGGCGAGCUUGUCGCUCUCAGUGAAAUGGCUGGAAUAACAUUCUUUGUUCUUUCGUUGUGGGUUCCUAUGUUCUUCUGGGGCGCAAGACUAAGACGGUGGAGUUUGGGUUGGAAGGCUGUGAGCUUUGUGAAGUGGAAGGAGUUGUAGAUGGGAUAUAAGGGGCGUUCAUUGAGAUUGGUUAUGGGGUAUGGGCAUGGAUAUAUACUGGUCUAUUUGGAGAUAUUAUUCGGCGAUUAUCAUGGAUGUGUACUGAUGACUAGAUGGAGCUCAUUAUUAUUGAGGGCUAUUGUUGUUCUUGUGCGCUUCGGCACAAGAGAUCAUCCUAAUUGGAUU